AUUAUGAAGAUAUUACUGAUCGGUUUAACGAUUUGGAUAUUGAUUCCGCUGAUAUUGAAACAAUCUGGAGCAAAUUGACACCGCGAGAACGCGCGGAAUUUCAGGAAAAAUUUAUUGAUGGCAGACCUGAAAACUUUCUAGAACUUAUCGACGAGCUACCAUUAUGGAAACCAUGGUGGGAACAUAGCAGAAGCAAUGGUGACAAGAUAGUAGAAAUUUCACCUCAAAUCAUAGAGGAUGAAACACAAUUAUCAGAAUAUUCUCAAACAAAAUCUAAAGACAUUUUAUCACAAAGGCCACAGAUACUAUCAGAUAUAAAAAAAGUUGAGGAUCUAACAAAGAAAACUCCAAACCCUGCUUUGACAUUAAACCUUAUAAAUAUUUUGUAUCCUAAUAUUUACGAAUCCA